UUAAGAAACCAAUAAACUUAAUGACCAUUUAUUUAAUUCUUAAGUCAUUUCAAUUAAUUUGUUUCACUGUUCAAAUCAGAAUGAAGUUAGAUCUGGUUUUUGUCCUGAUAUUUAGCAUUCUGUAUACUAGCAAAGGGAUGAAAUAUCUUUUAGAUACUGAGGAGACUGAAGCAGACUCAGCAGAUGGAACAGACUAUCAGAGUGGUGGUUCAGGAGAUUCUCCUAAUCCUCCUCCUGGAGCACCUGCAGCCCCAUCAGGUCCAGCAGGUCCAGCACCCCCUGCAGGGGGACCUGGACUGAUGGAUGGAAUGAUGGAUUUCAUUGUAGACUGUUUCAAUAAAUUUUUAAUGUUUAUGUGAAUAAAUUUUAUAAAACUUUG